AUGUCUCAGACGGAAACAUCUGAUUCAGAAAUUUCCUCUUCAUCUUCCGACGAAUCUUCUGAGGAAGAAACUUCAGAAGAUGAAUCAACGUUGGAAAAAUACUUGUUCUUCAAGUACAUUCCACUCAACAAAUACGUGGGACAAAAUGAAGAAGCUUUCAACAAAUACGAGACGUUCAGACAAACCUUAAAUCAAUUCACCACUACUGUAUUAAAUCCAAAACACGCGUCUGUGGCCGUAACGGCCAUAUUAUGGCAACUGAGUAGCUAUUUCAAGGUUACAAUUGAAGAAAUCAACUGGGAGGACCAGGUACCUGAAGAUGUUCUUCGGUCUGUUGACAUGAACUCUGAAGAAUACAGCAUGAUUUACAAGGAUCUCUUGUAUUUACUUUGGAAGUCAAAAAUUAUACCUCUAGUUGUUGUUUUUAAUAAUGAAAGCAAGAAAGAAAUCUUAGACUUUUUAAACAAUAACAACAAUCAAUUAUCUUUGGUGUUGCUGUCUGAAAAACCUGUAAAUGUUGACAAAACCUUCAACAACAUAAGCGAAAUAGGAAACGAACAGUUGCUCCUGAACAUCCUGAAAACUGUGACAGUUUCUUUGCAGGGAAAAGAAGGAAUCACCCUAAAACAAGCAAUAGAAGAAAACGACGAACUGUUGAAGAAAAUUACGCCUAACUUAUACGCAGAAUUGAUCUCAAAUUACGUUGUAGGAGGUGACGAGAAAUUUCCAGGUUAUCAAAGUAGAAAGAUUAAAGUUCCGGUUCUUCACAAAUCAGUUUUCGAAGAAACCGAUAAUUUUUUCAUCACUGACGAUGAUUCAUACGUUAAUGUGGCAGAAAAUCAAAAUUCCAACGUCGUUUCCACUUUCUUAUCCAUCGAAGAGACUUUAAAGCAACUGAAGAACGAAACGCGUCCUAAACAUUUUUUGAAAAAACUUUAUGAAGAUUACUAUCAAGUAAAGAUGUCAAUUGGUUCGAUAGCAAAGUUGAAGAACCAUUUGACUGAAGAAAAAAUAGCUGUUACUUACGAAAAUAGUUUGUACGAGACCAAUGUUCCCAUUCAAAUUUUAUACGGCCAGGUAAACUCAGGAAAAACGUGGUUUUUGAAGCACAUGAAGAAAGGGGGAAGGAAACACCAGUUCAACGCGUACUUAAGCGUAAACGACAACUUAAACUUUUUAAACAACUGUAAUUUUACCGAUGACAGCUUCGUUCAACUUCUGGCGAAACUGAACGUUCCCGACGAUGACUUCAAAAGUUUCGCCGAAGAAUUGUUCUUGACAAAAAUGAAGAGUGAAGGCUUUUUACUCCUCUUAGACGACUACAGCCCCAACUUCACCAAACUUGAUGAACUACUGAAACUCACCCAGGAAAUAAAGGCGCAAGUUUGGAUCGGAACCACAGACGAAAGUAUUGAAGAAAAACUGCAUCUUCUACCCUUGGAACUGCUGAAAAUGAGCGACGCCCCUAUUUAUCCGAUGUUCGAUCAAAUACCUAUAAAUCUCUACAAGCGAUUGGACUUGAACCACCUGCAACGGGAUCUGAUGAUUAAAGCCUUCAAUCAAUUCACCCUAACAACUCUUCCUGAACAAUUUUCUUCGGUUGUGGUGUCUUCAAUGUUGAAAACUGUGUCGAAUUUCUUCAAUUUUAAACUGGAGACAAUUAAAUGGGAUGAUCCUGUGCCCAAACAUAUUUUGGACAUUAUUUACGUGACGAAACGUGCCGACUUUGAAAACCUGGUGACACCUGGUGAAGCCUUAAUUUACAAAGAUCUUCUGUAUCUUGUUUGGCGAUUAAAAAUUAUACCUCUGGUAGUUAAAUAUGAUCAGAAAUUCGAGGAGGACAUUAAAGAUUUUGCUGCUUCUGGUUUGCCUCUAGUAAUUUUAAAGAAAGAAGAAUCGAAUGUCCAAUUUCAAGACACGUUUAAUAAUCUAAGUGAGAUUAAAAAUAUAGAAGUGCUGAAGCAAAUUUUGGAAGGAAUAAUUGUGGCAACACAAGAUAAAUGUCCUUUGAAAGUUGAAGAGUUGUUGGAUGAACAAGUUCUGAAGAAAAUAACGCCGAAAGUUUUCGUCUUGUUGAUGACGAGGAGUGUUAACUUUCACGAUGAUUUCGAAGCUGUUAAAUAUUACGUCCCCAGAAAGUUUACAGUGCCUGUUUUGAAGAAAAGUACUAUAGUUAAUCUUCCCGGCAAAUUCAUAAUUGAAAACGAAGAGGGCAGCGAAAUUUUACCAUCAAACCCUGCGAACAACAACGAAGAAAUCGUCCUGAAACAACUAGACGACUAUUGUGAAGUCAUUUCUUCAACAGGAAAUAUAACGUAUUUGCUCGAGCAUUUGGUGAAAGACGAACUAAGUUGCAGAUAUGAAGAGAAUAUUCUAGCCUCUUCUUCACCUCUCGUGUUAUUUUAUGGGCCUAGUGGCUUUGGCAGGACCACAUUUUUCAAGCAAAUGCAAAGGAAAAUAAAGGAGGAACAGUGCUCAAUUUAUGUAAACGCCAACGAACACUUGGAGAUCUUAAACAAUUUAGAUUACAGUGGAGAUUCUCUAAUAGAUUUUUUGUUGAGCUUCGACAUCAAAACUGAAGAAGUUAAACAUUUUGCAAAGGUAUUACUGUGUAAAAGAUUAAAAGAAGAUAAAGUCCUUGUAUUUCUCGACGACUGUAAUGAAAACUUCAUUAAGAUAAAGGACUUUGUAAACUGUUGUAAAAGAUUGAAAAUCAAAUUGUGGGUCGGCACGAAACGUGGCAAGCUCCAGGAAGACCUAGAAUGCUUGGCUGUGGAAAUGUUACCGUUCGACGAAACUGAUCAGAUCUUAUUCUUGGAAAACUUCUAUAAAUACACCGAAGAAGACGAGGAAAGGCGAGACGAACUCCUGACAAAGAUCGUCAAAAAUCAACAGGAAGUUUUAUGUGAGAUCUUCGGACAUCCCAUCAUCAUCAAAACUUUAGCGGAAAUCUUCGAAUUCAUCUCGGACUUCGACAAGGACACGAUUUCUUCGUUUUUCGUCGACAACGAUGAGAUCAACGACAAAAGCGACGUAAUUAGAUGGUUCCUCUCAAAUCGGGAGAACAAAACGUUGACCGAAGCCAUCAGAAGUUGCGAGGAGGUCGACAUUCUUGAAAAACUGGUCGACGUAUUAAAAAUCGACUUGAAUUACACGGACGUCUACAACAGAUCUUUGGCACUCGAAGUGGUGGAGAGCAAAAACGUGGAGGUGUUCAAAUUUUUACUAGAACGUGAAGUUAGUUUAACUGAUAGGGAUUUACGUAACGGAACGACCAUCUUUCACGUUUGUGCCUCCAAAGGUUGCGUCAAAAUCGCCAAUCUCAUCAAGGAUAAGUAUUUGGUAAACCUGGAGGAUUACUUGAUGAAAAUACCGAUAUUUUAUGCGGUUGAAGGGAGCAAAAGUGACAUGGCCAAGUGGUUGAUUAUAAAAGGCAGUGACUUAGAGAAAAAAGAUAAAGAUGGUAACACAAUUCUGCACAAAGUUGCAGAAAAUGAUUUAGAAGAAGUUGCUGAGAUAUUAAUUAAGAAACAAGUGGAUAUAAAUGCACAAAAUAACAACAAAGAGACUCCUUUGUUUUUAUCAAUACUGGCUGGUACUUCCAUCACGUCCAUUCUAUUGCAAAACAAGGCGGAUGUUAACGUUCAAAACAAAAAUGGCUACAGUGUUGUACACUUGUUGUCCAUGACCAAUAACGUUGGGCUUGCCCAACAACUACUCGAAAACGGUGCAGACUUAAACCUAGUAGAUAAUAAAGGGAGGUCUGCAGUAUAUUUAGCUCUGGAAACGAAGAACCAAAAGAUGUUUGACCUCCUAUCAAAAACGUCAGGAAAUUUAUUAAAACAGGCGACGUUAAACUCCAACGUCGAUUUAAUAAAGUCAUUAAUAACCGAUCACAAUUUAAACGUGGACGAGGAAGACGACCACGGGGAACCCCCCAUAUUACACGCCCUAAAUAACAACAAACCGGAAGUUGUAAAACUAUUAAUAGAACAUGGCGCCAAUUUAAAAAAGCAUCAAAGGGAAAUUGUUCAAAAGGUUGUAAGUUUGGGUUUUAUGGAGCUUAUGGAGUUCUUCAACCAAAAUUUAACGUUUAAGGACGAUCAAAACAGAUCCUUGUUGUUUUUUGCUGUUUUAAACAACAAAGAAGACAUGGUUAAGUGGUUAAUUGAUAACGGUGCGCCCACAGACACGAAAGAUUCAAAAUUCGACUAUGGAUUGUUGCAUUUAAGUGCCAGUUUGGGACACAUGAACAUAACAAAGAUGUUAUUAAACCAUUGCGAUGUAAAUGAACUGAAUAAAAAGCAUGAGUCGCCGUUAUCCUUGGCAGUACGUUUCCAACAUCCUGAAAUUGUACUGCUUUUGUUAGAAAACAACGCCGACAUUAACUGGACGAAUCCCAGGGAUAAAACGACGCUUUUACACCUUUGUUCCUGCACUGGAAAUACUCGGAUAUUAAAAAUAUUGCUCGAAAACAACCUGGAUGUGAACUCUAGAGAUGUUACGAACUGGACACCUUUAUUUUAUGCCAUUGAUUAUAAACAUGUUGAAUCUGUACAACUUUUAUUAGAAAAUGGAGCAGACUUAUUAGUGAAGGACUCCAGAAAUGGAAGGAAUGUUUUACAUAGAAUUGCAGAGCAUGGAACAGCUGAAUUGUUUAAGGCUUGUGUCCAAGUUGACUGGAAUUGUUUGGAUGACUUUGGAUUCACUCCUUUGACCCUCGCUAAUGUUAACAACAGAACGUGUACCGCUUAUUUAAUGGAGAAUGGUGCCAAAGAAGAAAUUUCAGUUUAAUGUGUUGUAAUAUUUACAAUUGUAUAAUUUUUAAAUUAAAUAAAACCCACAGUAUUAAAACUUUUAUUAAACUUAAUCCU